AAUCACGCGCCAUGCGUUGGUUGGAUACCAAGUGAGCGGGAUAUUCUGAUGGGCGCUAUCAGGGGCUUUUGGGACCAUGGAAACUGGGCGGAGACGACGUGGGCGCACGGGGAACGCGCCAGCCGCGCGAAACCAAAGCUGGAGACGGCACUUUACUUGCCGCGUAUGGACGUAGCGUCGCCGCGCCCUGCGCCACCAGUCUCCCACUGGGCGCCCCACUCUUGAGCCAUGGGAUCGCCGAGAGAGAAUAUCAGCCGGCCAGUGAGGAUUCACCUGCCGAGGCAGAGCUGAGUCGCCGGUUGGUUGGUUCCUUCCCGCGCUCGCCUCCUAGCUGAGCUCCUCUCCCGCUGCCUGCGGGACUGCCUCCGACGGCAGCUGGGGCUGUACGAGGGGAUAGCAUCAGCAUCAGUAUGUCUCUUGAUCUCCUCUCCUGUAGGUUCUUGUUCUCUUCCUGCGGUGUGAGGCAGCCCCCGAGCAGGAGAAGGGUCGUGUUUCUGGCUGCUGGCCCUUCGUCUCCACCUACACCGUCAACGCCGCGGUCACUAGAGAGCUCUUCUUCCAGGGAAAGGCUUGUGCGUGCUGCGCCAUUGGGUCCUAGCAAACAGGCUCCUCGACCUGUCGGCAACAAUGGCAGCAGGACCAAGAGGAGGAGGCGGAGGAGGACGGUUCAGGAAGAGCAAGAAGGUGGGUGCGUGCCGUCAGUGGAGGAGGCGUCCAUAAGGGUGGCAACGCUGUACGAGAAUGGUGAUCCACUAGGGCGGAAGGAGCUUGGCCGGUGCGUGGUGGAGUGGCUAAAGCAGGGGAUGCAGUCUAUGGCAUCCAAAUUCGCUUCGGCCGAGCUUCAGGGCGACAUGGCAGAGCCCAACACAGCCGCAUUGACUCUGGAUUGGGGAUCGGCAGAAGGCCAGCUUGGGUUUGUGAUCCAGGCACAGCCUUAUCUCUCAGCUAUCCCCAUGCCCAAGGGUCUGGAGGCACUCUGCUUCAAGGCCUGCACACACUACCCAACCCUUUUUGACCAUUUCCAGCGCGAGCUCCGUGAUGUCCUGAUAAGUUACCAGAACCAGGGGCUCAUCUCGGAAUGGCGUUCCACACAUACAUGGAAGCUGUUAAAAGAAAUGGCCAAUUCUACACAUCACCGGGCCGCUGUACGCAGGACAACUCCUCGGACUAAAGCAGUGCAUAGUAGCAUUGGCAUAAGCCUCAAGAAGGUGAGACUGAUGCAAGAUAGGAUUGAAGACUUUGUGAGGCAUAUGUCAGACCUCCUGCGUAUUGAGCGAGAUGUGGAGCUGGAGUUCACACAGGAGGAGUUGAAUGCCACCACUAUGCUCGAGAAUAAUUCUGAGCCACCCAAACCAGUUGAGUACUUGGUGAGCCAUGGGCAGGCUCAGCAGGAACAGUGUGACACCAUUUGCAACUUGAAUGUAAUCAGCAGCUCAACUGGAUUGGGAGGCCUACAUUUGGUUAUAUUCAGAAUUGAAGGUGGACAUAAGCUGCCUCCGACCACCCUGUCUCCUGGGGACAUGGUUUGUGUGAGAACAUGUAAUAGCCGUGGUGAGGGAGCUACUUCCUGCAUGCAAGGCUUUCUUUAUAAUCUUGGGGAGGAUGGUUGCAGCAUUACUGUGGCUCUAGAAUCCCGCCAUGGUGAUCCUACAUUCUCCAGGUUAUUUGGCAAAAGUGUGCGCAUUGACCGGAUACAGGGAUUGGCUGAUGCACUUACUUAUGAGCGGAAUCUUGAAGCAUUGAUGCUUCUUCAAAGGAAUGGUUUGCAAAAAAGUAAUGCUUCCAUUAGCGUGGUAGCUACCCUGUUCGGUGACAGCAAAGACAUGAUGAAGAUGGAGCAGAAUUGCCUGACUGACUGGGGCGAACUGAGUCUACCUGAUCUGAGGCUAUCAGAGAGGUAUGCAUUUGAUGCCUCCCAGUUAAGGGCUAUAUCAUUAGGCUUAAAUAAGAAGAGGCCUGUUCUAGUUAUUCAGGGGCCUCCUGGCACGGGCAAGACAGUCUUGCUCGCAGAACUCAUUGUACGUGCUGUCCGACAGGGUGAGAAUGUCCUUGUGACAGCUCCAAGCAAUGCGGCAGUUGAUAACAUGGUUGAAAGGCUGUCAAGUACUGGCUUAAACAUCGUCCGAGUUGGAAACCCUGCUCGGAUAUCACCAUCUGUUGCUUCAAAGUCCUUGGCGGAGAUUGUGAAUGGAAGGCUUGGUCAGUUUAUGAAGGAGCUUGAGAGAAAGAGAACUAACUUAAGAGAGGACUUGAGGGACUGCAUAGAGGAUGAUUCUUUAGCUGCAGGCAUCCGCCAACUGCUGAAGCAACUUGGAAGAGAUAUGGAAAAGAAAGAAAAGGAAACGAUCAUGGAAGUUCUUUCUGAUGCACAGGUUGUGCUUUCUACUAACACUGGGGCAGCUGAUCCACAUAUCAGGAAAGCCGGUUGCUUUGACUUGGUAAUUAUCGAUGAAGCAGGCCAAGCGAUUGAGCCCUCUUGCUGGAUUCCCAUACUGCAGGGGAAACGUUGUAUUCUUGCAGGAGAUCAUUGCCAGCUUGCACCUGCAAUAUUGUCAAGGAAGGCCCUGGAAGGCGGUCUAGGUAAAUCUAUGAUGGAAAGGGCUUCAUCGUUACAUGAUGGAUUACUUAAUUCAAGACUGAUGGUCCAGCACAGAAUGCAUGAUUCAAUAGCAAGUUGGGCAUCUAAAGAGAUGUAUCAUGGGUUGCUCAAAUCUUCUCAUUCUGUUUCUUCGCAUCUUCUUGCCGACUCUCCAGUUGUGAAGGCUACUUGGAUAACACGAUGCCCACUGCUUUUACUUGAUACCCGAAUGCCAUAUGGAAUUCUAAACAUUGAUUGUGUGGAGCAUUUAGACCCUGCUGGCACAGGCUCAUUUUAUAACGAUGGAGAAGCAGAUAUAGUUACACAACAUGUUCUCAAUCUUGUGCAUUGCGGAGUGUCUCCAAGUGCAAUAGCCGUUCAAUCACCCUACAUCGCUCAAGUGCAACUUCUCAGAGAGAAGUUCGAAGAAUAUCCAGGGCUUUCUGGGGUUGAGGCUUCAACCAUAGAUAGCUUUCAGGGGAGGGAGGCAGAUGCAGUGGUAAUAUCAAUGGUUCGGUCCAAUCCACUUGGAGCUGUAGGGUUUAUGGGUGACAGCAGGCUCAUGAAUGUGGCUAUUACAAGGGCACGGCGGCAUGUAACCGUGGUAUGUGAUACGUCUACCAUUUGCCACAGCACCUUCCUAGCUAGGCUCCUCCGUCAUAUCAGGCGGCAUGGACAAGUGAAACAUGUUGCACCUGGUUCCUUAGAUGGGGUUUCUGGACUCGGCUUCAAUCAAACCUCUCUCCCGUCCAUCGGUUAAUGCUCACCACAAAUUACACUGGCGGUGGCAUCAUUCAUAUGCUUAUAUGAGCAUGUAUGUAUGCAAAGACCUUAAAGACUAUACACACAAAAAGAAGUGAAGGCUGAGAAGCCAUAAUGCCCAUCUGGUAUCUAUCUGUGAAGAAGGAUACAAAGACUAAUUCCUGGAUAGACAUGGAAGAGCUUCCAGGCGUCGUUGACAUGAUGCGUGGACAAUCAAUCUGUCGUUGGACUUAACUGAAGGCUAGCGGAUCCUGCAUCUCUGGACUGGUUCACAUGAUUAAUUUAGCAGCAGGAAGAAUUCGACUGUUCUGGGCUUCUCUGAACAUUUGGUUGCCUGGUCCGUGCUCCUGUUCCUGUAAAUUCGAAUAUUGUUAAUAUGGAUACACAAACAUGUACAGUCAAUUGACAAUUCACAAUUGAGUUGAAAAGGCAUUCUUGCGUUUCAUUUGGAAA